AUGCCUAUGCUCUACAAACCAGCUGCUGAAGGAAAGGAAGUCAGACCUCCUCAAAUUCCUUCUCCAGGUAACAACUCCUUCUUGGGUGACACCUUCGCUUCUGACGCUCCUCCAGAACAACAAAUCGUCUGUGGAUUCUACAGACAAGAAAAGGGUGAGCCUCUUGUCUACACCUACCACUACGAUGAAAUGAAGAUCAUAUUGGAAGUUGAAGGUGAAUACUGGAUUUCUGAUGAAACUGGAUACAAGGUUUCUGUUUCUCCAGGUGAUGUUUUCUACUUCAAGAAGGGUACUACUAUUACUUUUGAAACCACCGGCUACGGUUAUGCUUUCUUUUCUGGUUUGAGACCAGAAGGAACUGCUUAG